AUGCAUCUCCGGCACGUGCAGGUGCACCGGAGAGCCGAUGGGCUUUUCGGGUUUGGAAACAUUGCUCAUGAGAUCGACGUCUCUUCCGGUGCGGCAAAGCGCCAUGUCGAGAAGCGAGAACCUCAAGCAGUAAAAACCGUCUUUAAGACUGUUGAGGCAACAUUUGAGGGUGAAAUCGGUGGAUACAAGACAGUAGGCAACGAGCCCGAACCCACAGGCUCAUCAAAGGACGACGAAGACGACGAGGACGACGAGAAGGAAAAGAAGAAGGAAGCAGAGGAAAAGAAGAAGGAGAAAGAGGCUGAAGAGAAGAAGAAGGAAGCCGAAGAAGCUGAAGAGAAGGCAGAAGAGGCCAAGGAGAAGGCCAAAGAAGAGGCGGAGAAGAAGAAGGCCGCCGAAGAAAAAGAGAAAGAAGAAAAGGAGGAGGAGGAGAAAGAGAAGAAGGAAGAGGAAGAAGCUGCUAAGAAGAAGGCUGCUGAAGAGGCGAAGUCGCGCAGUGAGGCCGAAGAGACAACCACAAAGGAGAGCACGACAGCCAAGCCGACCAGAACGCGCGCCGAAGUCACCACCAGUAGCGAUCCCUCAUCUAUUCCUUCUGCCAUCAGUAACCCAGUCGACAGCCAGUCCAUCGAAUCUAUUCUCGCCAAGGCAACCGACACAGUCGCCUCUGCUUCAGCAACCAUCGGUGAGGUCGCCGACAUGUCUGGCUCCUCGAGUCUCCCCAGCUCCACCUCUGUCCCUGAAGCCAGUGGCACCAGCGCAGGAACCAAGGCUGGUAUCGCUUUUGGUGUUCUAGGUGGACUUCUUGCCAUGGGAUUAUUGGUCUUUUUUGUCUUUUCCAAGCGCCGCAAGCAGGCUGAGAUGGAACGUCUCGGAAGCGAUGAUGAGAAGCUUCAUGGCCCAAUGGCUGGCAGUGGUGGUGCCCCCAUGGCUGCUGCCGCCGCAGUCCGUCGUUCCAUAAGCCCCGAACCUUUUGAGCCUGACACCGCAUCCGUCCGCACCGAUGCGAAGGCCCCUCGUGUCAGCCUUCGACCUGUCACCCAAUUCCUCCCUAACUGGAACGGUCUCGAGAACCAGAAGCGUUCAAGCAAGGGCGCUGCCUUGGCUCUUGCCGUCCCUACCUCCGGUUCUCCUCCAAACGCCAAUGGACCUCUGUCACCACGAACACCCGGUGGUAGUGCCUGGGAGCGUCCAUCCACAGCUCAGAGUAUCGAUCCUGCAAACCCCUUUGGCCAACAAGCUGAGCGUGUUCCUUCGCCCGUUCAAGAGGAGACUGCUUCUGCACUCCGUGCGACUCCCAGCCCUAUGUCCGAAAAGUCAGCUAUUGGCGUUGCAGCUACUGCUCCUGUUUCACCUCAAUCACCUUCCGUAGACCCUCUCGUUGCCACUGGAGUUGCUGUUGCUGCUGGAGCUGGAGCUGCUACAGUCGCUCGUAAGACGUCGAUACGCAAGGAUGGCCCUCCCCAACUUGAUCUGACACUUCCCAACGCUCCCAUGGCCGCCGUCCCCGCUAGCCCUGCCGGUACAGAGAACAGCAACAGUGGUGCUCCAGAGAGUCCUUCAGUUGGCGCCGCUGCCAUUGCGGCUGCUGGAGGACCUGCCAACUCAGCUGUCCACCGUGUACAGCUUGAUUUCAAGCCUACUAUGGAUGAUGAAUUAGAACUCAAGGCUGGCGAUCUUGUCCGACUCCUUCAUGAAUACGAUGAUGGCUGGGCGCUCUGUAUCCGACUUGACCGGUCUCGACAGGGUGUCGUGCCCCGAACAUGCUUGUCAACCCGCCCCGUGAAGCCCCGUCCCGCCCAAAGUGGCCCUCGGCCAGGUCCUCCCGUCAAGGGCGGUCCUCCUCGAGGACCUGGAUCUAUGAACCCCAACGGCGGACAUCCCCAAUCACCCAUGGGACCUCCUAGGGGACCCCCUGGCCAUCCUCAAGGAUCUCCUCGUGGCCAGUCACCUGGACCCUUCCAAGGACCUCCCCAGGGCCGUUCUAUGAGCCCAGGACCUCGAUCACAGUCUCCUGGCCCCCGUAAUGGACCACCUGGUGGCCGACCUAUGAGCCCCGGACCUCGCUCUCAAUCGCCCGGUCCUGCUGGUGGACGUUCGCAAAGCCCUAAUGGAGUGAACCGACGAAACAACCCUCCUGGACCCAGCCCAAUGAAUCCUUCUCAAGGGCCAACUAGCUCAGGCUCUGUCAACAGAAAGCCCGUCCCUGGCCAGGCUUACUGA